CGGACUCGGCGGACUCUCGUGAAGCUUCUCCGCCGCCGCCGUCCCUCCGCCGUGCACCGUCCGCCGGGCCGCCACCGAGCUCCGGCGACCCUUCCGCCGCGGAUUCCCUCCUCGACCCGGACCGCGGGAGCGAUGCGACGCCUGGGAGGAGGAGGAGGAGACGAACCGGCCGGGCAGCAGCAGCAGCAGCAGCAGCAGACACCUGAGAGCAGCGUCUGAGUUUGUUUCACAGCGUCAACGGAAGGUUUAUUGCGGUCAUCACUAUGACUGAUGGGGAUUAUGACUACCUUAUAAAGCUCCUUGCCCUGGGGGACUCCGGCGUGGGGAAGACCACGUUCCUGUACCGGUACACAGACAACAAGUUCAACCCCAAGUUCAUCACCACAGUCGGCAUCGACUUCAGGGAAAAGAGAGUGGCCUACACAGCGACUAACCCCAAUGGGACGACCACAGGGAAAACCUUCAAGGUUCAUCUUCAGCUCUGGGACACCGCUGGACAGGAGAGGUUCCGCAGCCUGACGACGGCGUUCUUCAGGGACGCCAUGGGGUUCCUCCUGAUGUUCGAUCUCACCAGCCAGCAGAGCUUUCUCAACGUCAGAAACUGGAUGAGCCAGCUACAGGCCAACGCCUACUGUGAGAACCCCGACAUCGUUCUGGUCGGGAACAAGGCGGAUCUGGCCGACCAGCGGGAGGUUCAGGAGAAACAGGCCAAGGAGCUGGCCGACAAAUACGGGAUCCCGUACUUCGAGACCAGCGCGGCGACGGGCGCCGAGGUGGACAAGGCGGUGAUCACGCUGCUGGACCUGGUCAUGAAGAGGAUGGAGCAGUGCGUCGACAAGCCGCCCGCCGAGCCGGCCAACGGCAACGGAGCCACGAAGCUCGGCGAUGCACAGCCCAACGAGAAGAAGUGUGCAUGUUAGACGAAGGCGGCGAAUCAGGACAAGCACCAGUCAGCGCUCCUCUGUCUUCUGGCCACAGUCCCUCCUUCUUUUACUUUUUUGAUAGCAUGUUUCUUCAUCGUCACUUUCUUCUCUUUGAAACUAACUCUGAGCCACUUUCUCCUCCUCUUUUGGCUCUUUUUGCUCCCUUUAUUCUACUUUAUCCCCCCCCACCACCAAAACUGAAACGGCUCUACCCCCCUCUAGUGGACAUUCGAGGUAACGCAGUCUCAGCUCUGGCUGCCUUUUUAGGAGGAAAGUGAACCAGGAGGGGACGGUUUUAACGUGCCUCGUCGAAAAACAUGCAGCCUGGGAAUUAAGCUCCCAGUUUCUCUGCUCGCAAGUGCUUUGAAUGGUUUAAACGGACCUAAAUGCUCAAACAGACAACUUUAAUUUGGAGGAAAAUAUUCCAGUUUGUAUUAAAUCUGGGUCGUUUAAUUUCAGGCUGUGUGUUGGUGGAAGUGACGGUCCUCUCCUGACGCUUUUCCUCCUGGACCAGGGUGAGGAAUUGUGCGACCGACGUGUUUUUACUUUAGUUUUUUUCCUCUUUUUCACACUGAGUUCUACGCUGUACCUGUACUGGCCACAUACGGAGGUUUUAAGGGUUCAAGGCAGUUUAGUGUGGUUUACAAAUGCUACGUGUUUGUUAAAAAUGCACUAAAGUGUGUUGGGUUUGGUUCGGAUUGAUCAGCAAUUGGGGUGUCUGCUUGUUGGCUUCUCGUGCUAACUUCAGAAUACAUACGAUGAUAUCUUGGAGCCAUACAGAUAGAGUUAAGACCUAUAUUUCCAUUUCUACCACUGAUAAAUAAGAAUCUACAACACUACCUAAGACACAAUGAACAAGAGGCUUUUAUUCUGCUCAUGGCUACUUGGUAGUCAUGCAGUUACCAGAGAAUGUUGACAUCACUAACUUCUUGUUUUGUUUGAUUAGCAUGAAAGCUGACUAGCUAACAUGGAAAUGUCUGUAGUUACAUUUAAUGGCUAAAAGAAGAGUUUACAUGAUCAAAAGCACCAGUGUUUUUAGGUAUAGACAGUGUUCUCGCCACUUUCAAGUUUGAAGACAUGUAGAGAAACUUAACUCAAAACUUUGUGUAUCGAUUUUCUUGCCACAUCAACGCAGUAUUUUGGAUUAAUCAGCUCGUUGUGUUCAAGUUUCAUGAGUUCUUAUGUGCCAAUACUUUAAGUUUUCUCUUACUGAAUGAUAAUACGACCAAUUUUUCAUAGCAGAACAACAGGAUGUGAUAAGCUGAGCUAACGUAGCCUAAAACCUAAAAAGAUAGCUGCCAUGUGAUUGGUUAGCGAGAGCGCUGUUUGGCUGCUUUAUGCACUUAUUUUACAUACAAAUCACCGGACGCCAUGUUUCCAUGUCGGUGUUGGAUUCAACAGCUUUGGCUGCGACGUCAACUCUGAGGCCGCCAAGAACACAGUCGCUACUGGGUGUCAAUCACGUUCUAUGAGUGCAUAAGACUUGUUAUGUUGGCCGAUAUGUUAAAUUCUACAUUUAGGUUAAUGGAUAUCGAGAGAGAAGACAAAUGGCGCUUGUUGUCCUCUCUGAGUUUAGCCAAUCAUUGUCAAAACCUGCACAUCAGGUUUCUUUAGGUCCGUUUAGACAUACCUACUCUGCAGUUUUUACUUUUAUUUCCUGCGACAAUAACUCUUAAAGAGGUUCUAUAGGACUAGUUCCUGUGGCCGGAACAUGCACAAAGGUUUGAGACCGCCUUAACACAACUUGCAAAGUUCCAGCAGUGGACAACAGCCUUUUGUACGUGUUAUUUCCAAGCCCUCCUUUAAUUAGCUUUAGUUAUCAGCCUGGAUCUACUUGGCUGUUUACACGUUACACCUCCGUGACGAUGCCCGACUUGUUUGAUUGCAGAUAAAACCCGUGUUGUGGGACCAGUAUGGGUGCAGCAGGACACACGUGUGCACUUGAGAAAAAAAAAAAAAGCCAACACUGUAUAUCAUUAAUGGUGUGUUUACCAGGAUAGACGUAUUGUUCCGAACUGAUCUACUGCCUUGGCUUUUAAAGCGUUAUUCCACUUUGGCGGGAAUGAAUUUUAUUGUCUGCGGGAGUUUGAGACGAGUCAACUAAAAAUACUGGAUGUUCUGGAGAUGCAUUGUAAGUUUCUAACAUUUAACCUAAAAACAAAUUGUAAUUCAGAGCUUAGAAAAGAACCCCUAACAUGACAGUGAACUCUUGAAUCCUUUAAAGUCUUGACUUGUCUCGUUUCCACAGAUCAUCUCACAAAGUGAAAUAUGGCUCUAAGGCCCCAUCAUGUACAUGACCAAUGUUGUUAGAAUAUACAGUGACCAAUUAUUUAUAUUAAAGAAAUGUAAAACAUGUUGUCAUUUCUGUCGUCAUGUUUUUGUUCUUUUCUUUAAAUCUCCCAUUUCACUUUAUUUUUAUUUUCAUGUCCGUCAAGCAGCUGCAUUUAUGUUUGCUUUGUUUUGCUUUAGUGUUCUCGAGCUCAGCUGUCCAGUUAACCCAAGAUUGACACUUUUUUUGGUAAUUGUCUCUUAAUACAGUAUUAUAAAUCCAUUUAUUACAAAUGAAGGACUUAUUUUAAGUUGUUACAUGGACCAACUUAUUCUCAUGUUUCGAGGCUUAACGACUUUACGGAUGCUUCAGAAAGUAUUCAGACCCUUUCCGUUUUCAAAACUAGCAUAAAAACCCAGAAUGAGGAGAUGAAAACAUGUCUUUAGAGUUUUCUUUUUCUAAUUUAUUAUAAAUCUAAACCCAUAAAAAUAACGAGACCUUUAUUUUCUUACUUUAUAGAAGAACCCAUGGCAGUAAUGUCUCCACACAGAUACUCAGAAGAUGCAACAUGUUGGACAGGAAGUGUCUUCAAAUCUCCCUUCAGUUCUGACCAGCGUCUCUGUUGAUGCUGCCACCACCAUGCUUUACUGUACAGGCGGUAUUACCACCCAUAUAACCUUUCUUCUUACUUUCUGACCAAUAUCCCUGUAGUGUUGCUGUGAAGCACCCCAGUGGCAUGAUGCUGCCACCACCAUGCUUCACUGUAUGGACGGUAUAACCACCUGGCAACAGUUUGCAGCAACAGAAUAUGUUCUAGAUAUUCUGGAUAUUGAAUCUUAUCAUUGAAUAUCAUCUGAAACUUGUAAAGGAGAGAUUUCCAUUUUUGAAUUUUAAAAAAAUUGCAAAAAACCCCAAUUCUAAACACAUUUUCACUUUGAGUGUAGAUUUAUAAUAACAUUUACAAUAAUUUUAUCCAUUUAAAAUUUAAUUUUAAACAUAAGGAAGGGAGUUGGAAUUAUAAUUUUAUCACAACACAUAAACGUAAAUGUGUAAAUGUGCAGAAAACCCAGUGAAGUUAAGGCAUUUGUUAACUCCAGUGAGUAUAUUCGGCCACAGUCACUUGUAAAUUUACAGAGAAAAAAAAAAACAUCUUUAAGUCUGACAUGAAGGCUUUUAAGAAUCAAGUAACACCUUAAUCUACUUAAGAUGCCCCAGAAACCAGACCACUUUGCGUCCUGAUAAAUAAAAAUAAAUCUUGAUUUUGCCACUUUGUGAACAAACAGACGGUUUAACAGCAGUUUCAUGUCAUAUUAGGCGUAUAGCUGCACAACACUCCUGCAGCUUGGUCUUUAAAGGGCGCUUCCAAUAGGCCAGCAUCAUUUUAAAGUUAUUUUUUAAUCAGUUAUGUUUGUUUUUUUUAUAUUAUGCUCUUUUUGAACAACAUUCUGAGUUUCAUCUCUCCGUCGCCUACAUUAAAUCUGCCAAAUGUGCCAAAUUACAAGGUCUUGUUUUUGGAAAACCCAAACCUCAGCCUGCUGUUCAAUCAGAACAAGUCUUUAAAAAAUGGUGUGGAGCUCUUUUUUUGAUUUGAGUCAUUUGCCAACAGCUGAUCUUGGUGCCAUAUCAGGCUGUGGUUUGAUUUUAGUUGAACAUUAGGAGCGUCGUUUCCCAGGAUCUUCAUGGGUUGUUGCACCUUUUACAGCAAACAAUCUGUUGAUUUUGUCGUUUAUUCUGGUUGUAAUUAUGAAGUACAGGCCACAAAAUAUUUUAAACAUGUACAGGAGCCGUUUAACGAUAUUGUGGGGGGUAUUUAGUUUACUUCGUUCCACCUUUCAUCAGUGAAGGAAGUGUUAUUUCAGUCCGUCCAGCUUCGUACUCAGUUCAGACUCAAUUUGAUUCAGUGUUUGGCCACUGGGGGGCAGCAGACUGAGCUGAAAACACAACAUAUUGUCACCGUAUGAAGCUGUUAUUUCGUAUUAGCAAACAGCUGCGUGGUUGUACGUCCAGCAGACACAUCACAGCUGCUUCUCGUUUUAACUCAGCGUUCAACCCCCUUUAGUUACACGAGAGCGCUGAGACCAUAAAACCAAAACUACGAGCUAAAAGAGGCUAAAAAGCUCCGUAUCAUGUUGCAUAACUCGACAGUCAUUGUUAUUAAAAGAAAAAAUACUGAUUAGCGCAGCUUUAAAAUGUCAUAUGUGUCCUUAAAAGUCUUUAUAAAAGUGUUGAUUUUUAUUAAAGCUGCUAAUCAAGUGUUGAACAUGUUUUUGUUCAGAGUUUGGUGAAAGCAGCCCUUUGAUCGAGAUGACUUACAGCUAAUUUGGGUUAAAUGUCGCUAAAUAUCUUCAAUGAAUUUAAUUUGCAAAAACAACUUGGAUCGAGUUGAGACAAUCUCCAGAGACGGCUUCAUGUUGCUUGUUAUCUUUUGACGCAUUCGUCCUCUGAUUCCUUUUUCUUGCUUAAAUUCAGUUGUUUUUUCUCGAUGUGUGUGUUUGUUUUUUUAGACAUCUCCAUAAUUCAUCUUUAAUGUAGUUUUUGAAUUCACUUUGAAAGUUUACACAGUUUGCAGAGUCAUGUCGUGCCUGUUCUAAUAACUCUUCUGUCUGAUCCUCUGUAAAAGUUCGUGAGCUACUGAAUAUUUUAAUGCAUUAUUGAUUAUAGAUUUUCAAAGCGGAGGCAAAAGAGAACAGAAGUCCUGAUGUUAUUUUUUCUUGUUUGGUUUCGUUUCGUGCCCGAUGUAUCAGAACAACUAAUCAAUCCGAGUUACCUCUAAGAGCUUUUAUUUUUGGAAAUCCUCUGUGUGUGAAUUCUCUCUGAUGCCUGCGGUUCGUACUCGUUUGUUCAGUUUUUUGUUUUUUUUUCACUGUGUGUAUCGAUGCCUGUGUGUGUUUGUUGCACCGUUAGCAUGUUUGACACCUCGAGAAUGGAAUGACCUGCGAUGCGUUCAGUGUUUCUGAUGCCAGAGCUGCAAAUAAAUCUCUGUUGGUUUUA